AUCACGAGCGCUCCCAAAACCAUUUACCGGAUUCGCUUCUGAUGACACCAGGGGCUCAAGCCGUGCCUCCACAGCGGGCUGGAAGGGCUGCCAGCAUCCAUGGCCGCGGGUCGGCUCUCUCCGGCCUGCCGCGCGGGGAGUGGGCACGCGACCACUCAGCGGCGCUGAGCAGCGCGACGAGCUUCAGGCCCGCGGCAGCACGCUCGGGGCGCGCACUCGUGUUCCGGCGGGAAAUUCUCGGCCGCACGCCGCGGGUAGCGCUGUCCGCGCCGAGUGCUCGGCGCGCAGGUGGCAGCGGUCUUGGGGGAGGAGGCGAUGGGCGCACCUUGGGCAGGCGAGCCCGCUGCAGCGGCGGUAAUGGCCGCGCCAUGGCUCCGCGCGCGACAUCGGGGGAUGGCGGGGGGAGUGGCGCGGCGGUGGUUAGACGGGAAGGCGGACGGUACUUGGAGGGCGCGGCACGGUUCUGGCGAGAUGCACGCGCGGCCUACGCCCCGGACCCCCUGGGCCUGGAGAUGGCGGCCAUCGCGCUGCCCGCGCUGCUGGCGCUGGCCGCCGACCCCCUGGCGUCGCUGGUGGACACGUUCUACAUCGGCCAGAUAGGGGCGGUGGAGCUGGGCGGCGUGGGCGUGGCGAUAUCGGUGUUCAGCCUGGUGUCCAAGGUGCUCAACGUGCCGCUGCUCAACGUCACCACCUCCUUCGUCGCACAGGACGAGCAUGCCCUCUCGCAGCAGCGCCAGGAGCAGGAAAAAGGCUCGUCCACACUCUCCUCCUCCUCCUCUCCAUCCGCUCCUGCCGCCACUCUAUCCUCUCCCUCCUCGCUCUCCGACCCCCCAUCCAAGCCCGUGGUGCCGUCGGUGUCAGCGGCAUUGCUCAUAGGCGUGUCGCUCGGCGUCCUCGAGGCGCUCUUCCUCGCCCUGGCGGCCGGGCCCGUGCUCACUGUCAUGGGCCUCGCGCCUGGCUCGCCCAUGCGCGAGCCCGCGCUGCAGUACCUGCUGAUACGAGCCGUGGGCGCGCCGGCCGUGGUGCUGUUUCUGACGACUCAGGGCGCAUUCCGCGGACUCAAGGACACGCGCACGCCGCUCGCUGCCUCAGUGAGCGGCAACGUGGUGAACAUCGUGCUGGAUCCCAUCCUCAUGUUCUCGUGCGCGCUCGGUGUGUCAGGCGCGGCAGCAGCCACGGUGGCAGCGCAGUAUGUGAUGGCGGGGUUCCUGCUCGUCAAGCUCAGCAGCCGCGUGCACCUCAUGCCGCCCGCGCUCUCCCACCUCACUUUUGGCCGCUUCUUCAAGUCAGGCGGGCUGCUGCUGGGGCGCACGGUGGCGCUGCUGGGCUGUAUGACGCUGGCCACCAGCAUGGCGGCGCGGCAGGGCGCCGUGCCCAUGGCGGCGCACCAGGUGUCCCUGCAGAUAUGGCUCGCCGCCUCGCUGCUCUCCGACUCCACCGCACUCGCCGCUCAGACCCUCCUGGCAUCAGCCUUUGCCUGCAACGACGCGGCUAGGGUGCGCGCCAUCAUGCUGCGAUCGCUGCAGAUAGGGCUGGGGAUGGGCGUGCUGAUGGGGCUGCUGCUGGCCCUCGCCGCCCCGCUGCUGCCCGCCAUCUUCACGUCGGACCAGGCUGUGCUGCUGCAGGCGGCGGCCCUCAUGCCUUUCGCGGCGGCCAUGCAGCCCAUCACCUCGCUGGCGUUUGUGUUUGACGGGCUGCACUACGGCGCCAACGACUUCGCCUUCGCUGCCAUCGCAAUGAUCGCCCUGGCGCCAGCAGCGGCGGCGCAUCUCCUCUUGGCCCCCAGCGAGUGGGGCCUGGAGGGCGUGUGGAUCGGCCUCUCGCUCAUCAUGGCGGCGCGCAUGUACUCCGGGUUCCUCAGAGUGGGCACUGGUGGUGGAGCGUGGGCAGUGCUGCUGCAGCCGCAACCCCAUGGCAACAUGAGUGAUGUGGGUACAAGCGCUGGUGAUGCAUGCAACGGUGGGGCAAGUGGUGGUGGCAGUGGGGAUACGAAUGAGGGCAUGCACACAGCGGAAGAAGGAACGCCUGCAGCGGGUGCUACGUCCGGAGCUAUCCGUAUUGUCAAUAUUGAUCACUCAAAAACUGAUGCAAACAUGUUAAGAAAUAUUUCCUAAAAGCCCAUGAUGUAAGUUUCUAUUUGUAGGGAGUAACGCAUCUCCAGCAAACUGAUCUG